UCAUUUUCCGGUGGUCCUUAACAGCAACCAGUUCACUUUCAGGUGAUCAUCCGACAGUUUCUGUGACAUCCCCGACUGAAUAUUCGAAUCAUGUACGACAAUUUUUCAGGCGAUUUUGAGGCAUUUUCCAAUAGCUGGUGGCCGUAUUUUAUCGCGAUGUUCAUUGGCAUUAUUUCGGCAAUUCGAUUUUACGUUGGAGGUGCACAGUGCCCAAAGUCGCAUAGGAUGGAUGGAAAAAUUGUGAUUAUCACUGGAGGUGCUAGUGGUUUAGGCUUCGAGACUGCAAAGAAUCUUGCAGCCAGAGGAGCCCACGUAGUUCUGGCCGUUCGAAAUGAGGAACGAGGAAAACGGGCCCAGAAAGAACUUAAAAAAUUGUACACAAACGCCUCAAUUGAUGUUAAACUACUGGACAUUUCAAGCGUUGCCAGCGUUCGAAGUUUCGCCCACGACAUCCAAACUUCUUACCCGAAAGUGGAUGUUCUCAUUAAUAAUGCUGCCGUUAUUUACCAGCCGUUCAUUAAAACGCCUGAAGGAAACGAACUGACUUUGGCAACCAACUAUCUGGGACCGUUUCUCUUAACACAUCUUCUACUGCCGCUCCUGAAUAAGUCGCUCAAUGGUAGGAUUAUCAAUGUGUCGGCAAUGGCGCAUUACAGCGGCAAGCUGAGACUAGAUGACUUGAAUAUGGAAAAAGACUACAACGAAAAAGACGCAUUUUCACAAAGCAAACUAGCUUUGACUAUCUUCACCAAGUAUCUGGCCACUCUCCUCGACAAUACACGAAUUCACUGUAACUCUGUGAGCCCGGGGCUAGUGAGAGGAACAAAUCAUCUAGAAAAUUUACCUUUGCAACGGUCCUUAUGGACCAAAGUGUCCGUUUGGCCCUGGAUGUGGCUGUUCUUGAAAAACCCCAUACAAGGCUGCCAAAGCAUUGUCUAUCUAGCAGUUGAGCCCAAUUUGAGCAACAUUUCUGGAUACUAUUUCAGUGACUGUGAAAUUAAGGAACCGGCCGAUCCGGUCAAAGAUGCCACUCUUGCUCAAGCUUUAUACGACAGAACUUCCGAUAUGGUCAAUAUCGCUGGAAGGAGGAUUAUUGAAGAAUUGAAAGCCAAAGAAAGUCAACAUGCAGUGAAUGAGUCUGGUGAUAAUGAAGACAAUUUUUGAGUCUAAUAGAACAGCAUUUCGUACA